AGUCACACCUAACAACUAAUGCUCCCAAGAUAUAUGUCGAGUGCAUCGAACCAGACACCACGAUGACGGCAACCGAAAGAACUCUAGACGAGGAGCCCCCACUCGCCGACUCCGCUCCGGCGCCGAAACGGCGGAAGCUACGCAAGGGCACGCAGAGCUGCUGGGAAUGCAAACGCCGUAAAGCGCGCUGUACCUUUUCACCUUCAACCCAAGAUGUCUGCGAUGGCUGCAAGCGUCGCGGUAGUGACUGUGUCAGUCAAGAGGUCACUGAUCUGCCGCCACCGCCUGGCAGUAACAAACACAUCGUGGAUAGACUUGGCCAAGUUGAGGCACUAGUUAGACAGCUGAUAAAGUCAGGAACUCACAGCGAACACCGCUACAUUGACGACCGUCUCGUCUCUCAAGCUGAAUCUCGGGACCGGGUCUGGGGUGAGAGAGCCGCGCCUCGGCGGUCGGCUUCACCCGUCGUUGUCUCAACCACAACCCCUCAAAGCCAUCGCUCAGAAUCUCCAAAUUGCGACCCUCAAGCAGGAAGUAGUGCAACAGUAGGAGACACACAUUCUCAGAGGAGCACCUCACCUGUGCGUCCGGGAGUCCCGCCUCUAACUUCCGCUGCAUUGUCCACAAAAGCCCACGAGGCCAUCUGCAAGAAGCUGUUUGCUGCAUGGCCCAACCCGGAGGACAUAGCCAUUAUCUUAGCAAUCCCCGUGGAGACUUCGCAAAUCAUUCGGGCCCUCAUAUGCACUAGGUCAAGUCCAAAGCCAUCUUCACUUCCAUCAUCCACAGCUUUACUACAACUACCACCCACUGGGUCACAUCCAGUGCUCAUUGCGAGGAGCCUUCUGAUCUUGGCUUCGUUUCUCCAAGGUAUGCCGUUUUCUUCCGCCCACCACCUAGAGAAACUCAGCACCAGCUGGCACAACAUCAUGUCCCGGGCUGUGGAGACGGCCCACGACUUGGUCACAUGCAAGGACGAGCUGGUAGAUUCUUUAGAAGGCCUCGAAUGCAUCAUGCUAGAGGGUCUUUACGAGAACUACGCCGGAAACCUGCGUACUUCUUGGCUCGCCGGACGCCGGGGCGUCGCAAUUGCGCAGAUGCUCGGUCUCAGCCGGGGCAUCAAGCCACGCUCCCUCGUCGGCUCAGUCAUUGAACCGAACGAUCUCUGGUUCCGACUCGUACAAUUCGACCGCUACCUCUCCCUCAUGCUGGGCUUGCCACAGAGCGCCCUCGAAGACGUCUACGCUGGCCCAGAUGCCCUUGAGGGUUGUCCUCCAUUGGACCGAUUUCUCCGCCUCUGCACUGUCGCUUGCGGUCGCUUGUUACAACGGCAUCCUGCGGAAGUAUAUAACUACAAGAUGGCCAAGAAUAUUGACAAAUUGUUACAAGAAGCCUCAACCGUGAUGCCAGCCCAGUGGUGGGUCGUUCCUACCCUGGCCUCGGAAAUUGGCCAUCUGGAGAAGAUUCGGGAGGCGUUGCGGUUCAAUGACCACUUUAUGUACUAUCACCUCCUCCUUCAGCUGCAUUUCCCCAACAUCCUGCGCCCAAUGUCAGAGCACGAUAGAGCAACAGCGGUAACAGCAAGUCGGGAGAUUCUUUCUAGAUUCUUGUCCUUUCGCGCAACUCGGCCCGCGCGGUUUUAUUGCCGAGGGGUCGACCUGAUAGCAUUUCUAUCAUGCACCGCACUGUGUCUAGCACACAUUUGCGACUUCCAUCACCAAACAACUGAUGGAACGGGCUUUCACCUUUCUGUACAUCAACGGCUGGGCGAUCGGGGCAUGUUGGAGCAGGCUCUGGUCGUCAUGCAGGUGCUUGUGGACCAGCACAACGAUGAGAUUGCUACAAGAGUGGCCACCCUUCUCAAACAUCUAUUGCGCAUUCAGGAUGACAUGACUUUGGGAGAGAGGUACACGGUCAAAUUUUCGCCAGAGACGUCCUUAGCAGAUGACGAUCUUGGGUACCGGGUGAAGCUCACGGAUCAAGAUACUGUCCUGAACAUUUAUCUUCCGCAUUUUUGGGUCAUCAGGAUUGAGAGGCAACGAUCUGAUGGGAUGCCGAGACAAAUCGGGUCGACUAUGCAACCUCCUGACGAUCGUUGUUUUCAAGAUGAGGUGUCGCAAAAACGACGCCGUUAAUUGCGGGCAGCAAUUAACGCCAUAUAUACCCU